AUGACAAUGUUGCUCUUGGUCAGGAAGUACCCCGUAACACUUGUGCUUUAUUUUGGGUGUAUCGCAUCGUGUUAUCCGGUUUUUGGCCAAGAUGCAUCAGAAAUAUUGGACUUACAAUUGGCUAAAGGGGAUAUUGGUGGUGAAACGAAUAUCAGUUGCAGUGUGGCACCAUCGGAAGUGAAUGUUGAAUGGCUCUACAAUAAUAAACCAUUCAAGAUUGGUGAAAGGAUAAAACAGCGAGACGAGGAAAGACUUCUUCAGAAGAAAGAUCUUGAUGGUAAUCCGAGAAAAUAUAAAAUUUACAAUCUCACAUUGAGCAACACGACGGCGAACGACGAUGGUAAUUAUACGUGUGUGGCGGUGUUAGGGGAACAGAGGGCGGAGAAAACUAUCGUCUUGGACCUAAGCUUUCCGGGAAGAUUGAUAAAUAAGACGACUGGACCUAUAAAACAAAAUGUUACAGACCAGCAGAACGUUACUAUGUUCUGUGCAUUCGAAAUUUAUCGUCCAAACGAAGUAAGGUGGUGGAAAAGGGGCAAAGACGACGAAAUUAUAGAGCUUGGAACGAAAGCCGCUAAAGUGAUCGAUCUUAAACGGAUGCAGAGUCAAUAUGAUCUCCACAUACGUAGCCCGGAAGACAAUGGGACUUACAUAUGCGAGAUAUGGGAUGCAGUGACGUCAUCAAAUCUUACAGGAAGUAUUGACGUCAUAGUAUACGCAGCACCACAAGUAGUCAUAGACACGGUUAUACCGAUCAGUGCCUCACAACUAUUCCUCAAUUGGACCAUCCGUUCGUACAAUUCACCAAUUAAAAGCUACAAUCUGAUGUAUAGAAAACUACCCUCAACCGACUUUAGUCUAUACACCACCGAGAAAAUAAGAGUUAAUAAUAUAUCAUUCGUGAUGGAGGGUUUGGAGAAAUCUACUAAAUAUCAGCUGAAAUUGGAAGUGACUACAAGCUAUGGAUCCAGCAAGCCCCAUAUAUACGAGUCAAUAGUACGGACAUUGGAUAAAGAUCCAAUAUUUGUUCCACAUAUAUCUAUCAAUGGAUUCUCAGCUACUUCAGUGACUAUCGGCUGGGCGCCGCCUCCAGAAGAUAUAGCUGAGUUGAUACACUACUAUUUAUUAGAAGCGAGGAAGAUGGAUGAGGUCGCACCAAGGAGAGCCUAUCACUCCAGGGACAGCAGAAAUCUGCCAUACAUGUUUGAUAACUUGGAACCUCACAGCACUUACGUAUUUCGGGUUUGUGCUUGCUCGGAUUUCACGAAGAAAUGCGGUAAUUGGUCUCUAGAGAUGCAAGCAGCGACGUUGGACGGUAUACCGGGGCGGCCGAGCAACGUCACGGUCACUUGUAGUACUAGCUGGAUGAACCUAACGUGGCAGCCCCCCGUCAAACCUAAUGCUGAGAUAAAAGGAUAUACUAUGGAACUAACAGGCAACGCGACCUAUAGAGACAGGUACGGCACGUACAAAGAGGAGAUGUGGGGACCGCUCACGAAGUUUAAAACAAACGACUCUAGAAGUGUCAGAUUUGAAGACUUGAAACCAAAUACUAAUUACACUGUACGGCUGAGUGCAAUGACUCGCACCCGGCGACGUGGGGACGAGGAGGUCCGUCACUGCGCUACAGCACCCGCUCCCCCCGACUACCCGCCGCGACUGAGGUGGAGAAAGGAGCUGGAUAAUAAUAAAUACGUGUUCACAAUGCACUUACAAAGAAUAGAUGAGCGAAACGGACCUAUAUGCUGUUAUAGGGUGUACAUGGUGAGAUUGUUGCCACACUCAGAUUGGAAUAAUCUUCCCCCUCCGCGUGAUAUUAGUAUAGUUGACUAUGAAGAGGCUCACGGGGUACAACCUGUACUUGGGGCUUAUAUUACUGAUGUAUUCUCUAACGAGAAAUUCCCGCCCGAAGCGAAUCUAGUGAUGGGCGAUGGUAAAUCGUACUUCGAUAAAGACGAUCCCGGCCUCAAUAGGGAUUCCUGUAAGCGAUGUUUGAGGAAACCGAGACGUGUGUACGACUUGCCACGUCCACCUACCACCACACCGACCACAAUACCGACCACAACCUACCAACCUACCACAAGGGACGAUCUAUUCGAAGAGGACAUAGAUACUACCGCUGAACCUGAAGAGGAGAGGCGGGAGAGACGGUCAUACUUAGAUAUUGAUAGGGAUUAUAUGAAAAAUCCAAUGAUGAUGGAUAAAUUGAUCGAGGUUGAAGUGAAAGAAGAUCUGAAUAUUAAAGAUGGUCUCCUGGACCCGUCUGCUAACUACACCGUGUUCAUAGAAUUAAUACCCGGUUCAUCUUCAGACGAGCCUCUAUACAGCGAGUAUCUGAACGUAUUGAUGGCGGCUGCUACCCCCGUACCAACACAACCGCCGUCGGCCAUGGAAUUAGCUAUAUUGGCGUCGUGUGUGGCGGCGGGGGCGGCGGUGUUGUCUCUGGCCGCGUGGUGUGUGUUAAGGGCGAGGCGGUCUCGUAAGCUGCCUCCACACCAUCAUGUAGAAAUGAAUCCUAUACAGGCUGCACUCAGGUAUGUGGUAGGCCACAUCGGUGGUCGUCAACAGUUGAUAAGCGCAGUUCCACCAGACAUGCCGCCUAUAGCCAAGGAGGACCUGGCAGCCGCCUACCACGAGAGACAGGCUGACUCCGACUACGGCUUCCAAAAGGAGUUCGAGUUGUUACAGAUGUUACCGGAGUGUUAUCCAGAUCGUACAACACAUGCUUCAGAGGCAAGAGAAAAUCAACCCAAAAACAGGUACCCGGAUAUCAAGGCAUAUGAUCAAACGAGGGUCAAACUGACACAGAUAGAUGGAAUCAGCGGCUCGGAUUAUAUAAACGCUAACUAUGUCAUGGGUUAUAAGGAACGUAAGCAAUUCAUAUGCGCCCAAGGCCCUACUGAUACGACUGUUAACGACUUCUGGCGGAUGAUCUGGGAGCAUGACCUUGAACUGAUAGUGAUGCUGACCAACCUUGAGGAGUACUCGAAAGUGAAGUGCAGCAAGUACUGGCCGGACGACGUGAGGGGAGGACGGGCGUUUGGGAGUAUUAGUGUGUACCACGUGGCUGAGAAGAGAUAUUCUGAUUACAUCGUGAGAGAGUUGAAGAUAUCAAAACAGCCUCUCAACUCGGACGGACAGCCCGUGGUUGAAAACAAUGGAGUAGCGAAGAGGAAUGGAGAUUGUGGUAUGAGUGACAGCGUGCCAACCUCUCCUCGUGAUAACAAGUCCGCUGACUGUCGCCUCGUGAGGCAGUAUCACUUCCUCAUGUGGAAGGACUUUGCUGCUCCCGAACACCCACACUCUAUACUCAAAUUUAUUAAGAGAGUAAACGAAGCCUGGUCAAGUAUGGUCGGCCGGCCGGUAGUAGUUCAUUGUUCAGCCGGCGUAGGCCGCACGGGGACGCUCGUAGCACUCGACUGUCUGCUAGAACAGUUACGGGCUACGGGACACGCCUCCGUCUUCAACACCGUAGCAGAGCUACGACGACAGAGGAACUUCCUAGUACAAUCAUUGAAACAAUACGUUUUCGUAUAUCGAGCGUUGGUUGAGUACGCGCAUUAUGGCGACACUGAGAUACCGGCUUCAAGACUGAAGAGUUCCAUCGAUAGGCUCAGGAACACACCAGAGGGCGCUGACAAAUGUCUCAUGGAACACGAAUUUGAGAAGAUGAUGUCACCACCUAUCUCCGAGGCUACCAAGUCAUGUGCGGCGGGCGGCGCCGGGGGCUCGGACGAGCUGCGAGCCAGGAACAGAAGCCCCGACUGUCUGCCUUACGACAGAAACAGGGUCAUACUACCCCCACUACCGGGCCGAGAUUACUCUACAUACAUCAACGCAUCAUUCAUUGAAGCGUAUGAUAACACAGAAGGCUUCAUAAUCACACAGGAUCCACUUCCUAACACUAUAAUGGACUUUUGGAGGAUGGUAGCUGAACACAAUGUGUCCACUAUUGUUAUGUUAAGUGAGCUUGGUGAAGGUAAAUGUCCCCGUUAUUGGGACGACGGUACGAUACAAUAUGAACACAUCUCAGUACAGUAUGAAGAAAGCGAGUCAUGUCCAUACUACACAAGGAGGCAGUUCAGAGUUACCAAUAAUAAGAGCGGAGAGUGGCGUUGCGUGAGGCAUCUUCAAUACCAAGGCUGGCCGACAGCGGCGGGUCACGUACCGGAAGUGACGCGAGGGUUGGCGGAACUAGCGGAAUUAGCGGCGCCCUUGGACUCAGCGCCCGCGCCGCCGCUCGUAGUACACUGCCAAUUCGGUACAGAGCGUUCACCUUUAUUCGUGGCUCUAUGUACUCUAAUGUGUCAGCUGCGUGUUGAGCGUCGUGUAGAUGUCGCCACCGUCGCUAGGAAAGUUCGCUCACAACGGGCGAGGACUAUUGAUACCUUUUUGCAGUACGAAUUCUUACACCGUGCGAUAUUAAACUACGCGGAGCUCCACAACCUACUCGAAGAUAAUUUAAUAAUUUUCUAUGUACAACAUAAGUGUCGCUGUAAGUAUUGA